CACAAAGUGCGCGUCUUCUUUCUUUUUAUAUUGGGCUUUACCUACAUGGUGUUCGUACUGAAGGCUGUUCAGAUAAGUACGUUAAGCACUUAUCUGGAGGAUUUCUUGCUUCUUGUUUAUGUUCCACAAACUUCGGGGAGCAGUAGAGACACCAGCAGCCACCGCCACACACGCGGGACUAUUUUUUUCUUUUCGUUAUUGAAAACAGUAAACAGUGGAGGUUUUACAGUGCAGGAGACAGGCGGACAGGGUCGAGUGUCUCCCCUCCCCUGCGCACCGCGCCACUAUACCUGGCGAGAAGAUUUGGAUUAAGACUAAUGAACUGGGGGGUAAAUAAUCUCCACGGGACGGUUCACUGGACACAACACGACUCAUUGUCUCGCUCUGGGAUUCUUUUGUGCACCUUUUUAAAAAAAAUAUAUUUUAACGGCUGAAAACGAUGUCUGUUCGGGGACACUUUGUGGCUUUUUUCAAAUGCACAGUUAUUCUCUCUCUGAGGAUGUUGCUUAUUGUGCCUGCAGGGUUGCCUGUCCGCAGCCAAGGGGAUUCUCAAUCCGACAACGAAGUGAUGGACAAUAUCACCGUCCGACAAGGAGAGGACGUCUACCUCAGGUGUAAACAGGGAGAUGUGGUCACACACACAGCAUGGCUCAACCGGUCCAGUAUUCUGUAUGCAGGAGAGGACAAAUGGUCUGUGGAUCAGAGAGUUAGUCUGGUGACUCUCAAUCAGGAGGAGUUUACCAUCAAAAUUGAAAAAGUGGAAAUGACAGAUGAGGGACAGUACGUGUGUGCAGUCCAGACGAGCAGUCGACCGAGAACCACCUCAGUGCACAUCCUCGUCCAAGUACCACCAAAAAUCAUCAACCUGUCGAGAGAUCGUACUGUAAAUGAAGGCUCCAACGUCACCCUGAUGUGCCAGGCCAGCGGUAAACCGGAGCCCUCCAUCAGCUGGAAAUCCUCCUUAGGGGACCUGGCCUCAGACGAUGAGUACCUGGAAAUCCUGUCUAUCUCCAGACACAGAGCAGGGACGUACAAGUGCACAGCUGUCAACGAUAUCGACACAGACGACCAGACCGUCGACAUCACCGUCAACUAUGCUCCAACUGUGUCAGAGGGCAGAGACGUCGGAGUGACUCUGGGCCAGAGAGGAGUUCUGGAGUGUGAGGCUGAUGCAGUGCCUGAGGCAGACUUUGAGUGGUAUAAAGAUGACAGAAGAAUCUUCAGUGGCAUCGAUGGCGUGGAAAUCCUGAACACUGGAUCGUUGUCCAAGCUGAUGUUUCAUAAUGUGUCCGAUGGAGAUUACGGCAACUACACUUGUAUCGCAAUCAACAGCAUCGGGAGCUCCAACAUGAGCUUUCUUCUGUUUGUGGUAAUUGAACCCACUAGCGCCACACUAAUGCAAGAACCGAGAACAGUUCAGGACGGCAACGGCGGACCAUCGGGAAUCAACUCACACUGCUGGCUCCUCUUCAUAGCUCUUCUGCCAUUCCUGCUUCAAUUUUGAAGAGGGUUGGAAUCGAUCACAAGAAGUUUGUGUGUCUGUGUGUGUCUGUGUGUGUAUGCGUGUGCGUACGAGUGAGUGUUUUUUCUUUUCUUUAUUUUUGUUUUUAACCAGAACCAUAAAGUGAUGCACGAUGAGUGUGCAUCGAGUACCCUGCUUACCUAAUUAUGUUGACCCACUAAAUAAGUCAAUAACAAAACAUUCAGAUUUUGCUUUUUUUAAGAUCUUAAAGGUAUAACACCUUUUCUCGCAUUAUAACUGACAUGUGUUUCGAUAUGUUCCCCUCUAAAUGACGUUAUUCUGAAUUGUCUCUUUCAUUUAAAACUCUUGUAACAAAGAAAAAAAAUGUUUUAAAUGUGGUACCUCCUUUUUACAAUUGAUUUGUCUUUAAGUUUGGACUACAUUGCAUAUUCAUCUCAACUCCAGUAAAAGGCAAAUUACAGCAAGUAUGCGAGGUGAAUGUUAAAUACCUCAAAGUCAAACCGAGACGGUUUAGCAGAAGAAUCUAGGAUACCCAGAGGCUGCAAGUUUGACAUUAUCAUAUUUUAAUGUAAAAUAAUGAUCAUUCUGCGUGGUUGUUUGAAGCAGAAUUGUUUUUGACCUUUGAGUAUUUUGAUUCUCAGCAUUAGAGAUCUACUUACAGUUGUGUUAUGCUAAUUUCAUUUUUUUUAAUUAUGUUUAGUUUUGAAUAUUUUGAGAAGGCAAAAAAAUGAAGUUGUAAUUAUUUAGGACGAUAUCCUAGUUUAUAUGUCUUUGUUGUUUAUUUUUCUUUACCAGGAUGGUUGUACACUAAUGGUGUCAUAAAUAAUUGUUAUGAUUAAACAGUUAAACAAGAAGACGGAUUUUACUCCACUUUUGUGGAGCUGACAUCUGGUUUAAGUUCUGCAGAUUUAUUACUGCGGUUGCUACACGUGUUUCAACACCAUUCCUACAGGGCACCAUUUAUUUAUUUUUUCCCCAGGAGAAAAUGUUGCUGUUAAUGUUCCGAACCAGCACCAGAGAGGGUUAGAGGUCACUCAAUAACAUCAGGUUACUAGAAAAUAAAAAAGAGUUUUGCAUGUAUUUAGACACCAAUAACCCAAAGACUUAGCAGUUUUUACAACAUCUCACUUCACAGGAUUUCUGUUCACUAGUCUCAACACCAAACAAAACAUGUGGACACUUUUAAAAAGUAGUGUAUUCUUUUCACAAACAUAAGAGGGAGACGUGACCAUGUGAGUGGUUUUGGAAAACAUAUAAAAUCCUAGAUACCUUUAAACCAAAAUGUAUAGUUUGUGGUUUAUGACUGUAAAAAUGCUCGUCUGAACACAUUUCCAGAUCUUUUUGAAAUAUAAAGAAAAUGCAGGCGCACUGUACAGUAUGCAAGCCAACUGCAAUAAACUAAGGUCGAUCACAGGCGUGAGCAAACGGGCUGCAACUGCUCUCAUCACUUUUUUGAUAUUUCUGCAUUUUCAGAAAAAGACAUGAGUUAUAGGAAGAGGAUAAAAAUCAGCCGCUGGCGUUUUUUUAGAGGCAGAAGGCGACAAUGCUUGUUUAGUUGUAAGCGUGAGAACUUUAUGCAACAAUCAAAACCUCUCACAACACAGCACCAACACUGACAGACAUUUUUAUUUUCUCUCACAUCCCCUUGCUUUGGAAAAACCAUUUACACCAAGCUGACCACACUCUCAGCUCCA